UUAGAUUUUUAUUGUGCUUCCUGUUUUCACAAGCGCCACCUAACAAAAAUUAAGUAUGGAAAGUGUGAAGAAAUGAACUUUGGAAAUGAUGUAGGGUCACUACAGCAUAUUGCGGCUAUGGAAUUACGCUAUCAGAAUAUAAUGAAUUUUAUAAGAAGACCAGGUGCUUUAGGAAACCAAGAUUUCAGGAAUUUUCAAGAUUUAAGAAGACUACGAGAAUUAAUAAAUAGACAAGAGGUUGGCCAACAGGUCAAUCAACCUCGGAAUGAGAGGAUUAAUAUUGAUAGUGAUAUUUUAAGUUACCAAGUAAAUGAACACAACAAAGUGGGCCUCUAUGUGACUGCUGAUCCUCUUACAUCCGAUAAUUAUUAUUUUGAAAUAGAAAUAUUAGAUUUAGGUCAAAUUGGUGCAAUAGGUGUUGGACUGGUUCCCAGAGGUUAUCAUUUAGAUGCUCAGCCAGGAUGGAGAGCUAUGUCAGUAGGCUAUCAUGCCGAUGAUGGAAAAUUAUUUAAAUCAGAGGGAUUUGGCAAACCAUUUGGUCCCGUCUCACAAGUUGGAGAUAAGUUGGGUUGUGGUAUCAAGUUCACUAAAGAUGAUGACGGAGAAACACCACAGCAAGUCAAAGUUUUUUUCACACACAAUAGGAAAGAGGUUGGUAUAGUAAUGGUACAAUAUCCUCCAGGUGGAUUAUUUCCUGCUGUGGGGAUGCAUUCAGAAGGUGAAGAGGUCAAACUGAACUUGGAUGCCGAAUGGCAUUACAACGAAUUAGUUUUAAUGGCAGUUGAUAGUGGUGAAGAUGAGUGGUCACGGUUACAUGAUGUCAAAUUAAAUGGAUCAUUGUUGGAAUAUAAUGGUCGAGGAAAGAGUAUACAUGAUGUUGGACUUGCUCAAGCUAGAUUUCCACUAGAUACAACAAAUCAUUACUUUGAAAUAGAAAUUGUAGAUCCUGGAGAAAACUGUUAUAUAGCAAUAGGUGUAGCUAAGAAGACAUAUCCAAAGAAUCGCCAUCCAGGUUGGAAUAAAGGCUCAAUAGCAUAUCACGCAGAUGAUGGGAAGAUUUUCAAUGGUUCAGGAAUAGGUGAUCACUUUGGUCCAAGAUGUAAUAAAGGAGAUAUUAUGGGCUGUGGAAUCCUAUUUCCCCCUGACUAUGAUAGUGAGGCUGAUAGUGACCUCUCACCUGAUGACCCCGAUGUAUAUAAUGAUGUCCUGGCAGAUGAGAAUUAUUCUGAUGAUGACGAUGAUGACCUCUAUGAUGAAGUUGAAGGUCGUCCUGUCAAUGGACAAGCACCUGAGGAUGGGACACUUGUUUGUGUUUUCUUUACAUGUAAUGGAAAAAUAAUUGGCAAGAAACCAGUCUGUAUACCAAAGGGAGGAUUUUAUCCCACUGUAGGAAUGUUAAGUAACUGUGAAAAGGUGGCAGUAGAUUUCAGACCACUUACUGGUUGAUAUCUUGUAUAUUUUAGACUGGUUGAUAUCUUGUAUAUUUUAGACUGGUUGAUAUCUUGUAUAUUUUAGACUGGUUGAUAUCUUGUAUAUUUUAGACUGGUUGAUAUCUUGUAUGUUUUAG